AUGAUAGUCAAUUUGGAGGAGGUGAUAAAUGCUCAGAGACUUCUGGAAAAAAGGUUCCAAGAAAGCUUGAAACAAGUUGAAGAACGAUUUCAAGAACGCCUAGAAAAGCUAGAGGAAAGAACCAAUGAAAUUAUUUAUUCUCAAAAAGAAAUGAAAGAUGUUGAAUUUAAGCAAACACUAACUGUCGAAUACCUUGGAGAGCUGGACCCUGAGUUGGUUCAAGCUUUCUUGAGUUGUGUUUCAUGUGCUCAAAGGUUCAAUAAUUGGGAUGACAUAGCUACGAUUAACUAUUUAAAGUGCCAUCUUUCUGGAAAUGCAUUGUUAUGGUUUGAGCAAACAAUUAGUCUUGAAGAAGGCAACAUAACUUUUAAUGAGGUGCAAGAAAGACUCAGGGAGAAAUUCGAGAAGAAAGAUGAUAUAUCAGAUGCUUUCUCAAAGUUGGUUCACCUUAAAUACGACGCAAAAAACCCUAAACAAAGUUUGAGUCAAUUUAAAGAUAAUAUGAAUGUCUUAGUGACUCAAGGAUUGCCGGAUAAUGUUGCUCUUGAGUGGUUUCUAUCAAACUUUGCCAGUUUAAUUGAAGCUAAUACUUUUACUAAGGAGCCCCAGUCACUUGAAGAAGCCUAUGAAACCUAUGAAGCCGCAAUGGAAAAAAGGGUACAAGCUGAUCCUUGUGGUAGUCCCAAUGCUUCUUCAAUAAAGAACUGCGAUUCUAAAAGCAACUUGCGAACGGCAUCAAAGAAUGACAAGUUUUCUUUAUUUUCACGUUACUUUCUCCUCUCUAUGAUAUAUAUUUUUGCAGCUGUUCUCGGCUUCAUUGCCUUCGUCACAAUCAUUGCCAUUGUUACCUUCUGGGGUGACAAACUCAUUGAAAAUCUCCUUCGUUUUCUUAUUAGAAUUGGUUGGAUCGGGUGA